GUCGCCCCGGGAACCCGCCGCCGCCUCUCCCCGUGCUAGGACAGGCCCAGGCUGCUCCCGAGACAGCAGCCAACCGGCCGCGCGUCAGCGGAUUGCACGGUGCCCCUCACGGCACCGACCCUCCGGGACGACCUCGUCCGCACCCGCCGGGGCAGUGGCGCGGACGGGAGCCGCCGCUUCAGGCCCGGUUUGACCGCGACACACGGGACGCCGGGGCAGGCCUCCCGCUGCGCGAUCGCCUCGCCGCCAUCGGCACCCGCGGCGGCGCUCCGCGUGACGUCACCCUGCAAAAGACGCCGAUUGGUCCGCGCGCAGCCUGCUGCCGACGUGGCCGUCCGCGAUUGGCCAUGGGGGACCCGCGGCGGGGCGGCGCGCGGCGGUACCGCUUCACGGAGGGGCCGGCGGCGCUGGCGCUGCGCAUCCCCGAGGUGCUGGACUCGCAGUACGGCAUGUACGUGUGGCCCUGCGCCGUGGUCCUGGCCCAGUAUCUCUGGGUGCACCGGAGCAGCCUCCCCGGCAAGCGGGUGCUGGAGAUCGGUGCCGGUGUCAGCCUCCCCGGUGUGGUGGCCGCCAAGUGCGGGGCCGAGGUGACCCUGUCAGACAGUGAAGAGCUGCCCCAGUGCCUGCGGAACUGCCGGAGGAGCUGCCUGGCCAACCGGCUGCCCCACAUCCCCGUGCUGGGGCUCACCUGGGGGCGGGUGUCCCCGGAGCUGCUUGCUCUUGCUCCCAUCGACAUUAUUUUAGGAUCAGAUGUCUUUUUUGACCCAAAAGACUUCGAAGAUGUUUUAACUACAAUUUACUUCUUGCUGGAAAAGAAUCCACAUGCUCAAUUCUGGACUACUUAUCAAGUCCGAAGUGCUGACUGGUCUAUUGAAGCUUUGCUUUGCAAAUGGAAACUGAAGAGCAUCCACGUGCCCUUACGCUCCUUCGGCGCAGACAAAGAGCACUUGGGCAGCUCUUCUCUACCAGGAAGACACACAAUCGAAAUGAUGAUCAUCUCACUAGCAAAAUCAGAUGGUACUUAAAAGUUUAUUCCACUUGUUGGUUCCAAUACAAGAUGAUACUUAACUGUUCACUGUAGCAUGGAUCUGCAGAAAACUCUCUGUUCACAUCAAACCUCAUGCAUAUUUUUUUGGGGGAAGCAGAUCCCCAUAACAGUUAAAACAUGCAUUGUAAAAAUAAAGCUGUUCUAUUGUUUA